CCAAAUCACCUAAAAAAUGUGGCAUUUAAUCUCACCAUGUGAGCACCUAGCUGGGUUGAUGAUGGAAAGAGAGCGAGAGGGGAGUUAGAGAGGAAGGUGUGAGGUCUCCGACGAGGAUGCUGCUGGUGUGAUGGCCCCUCCAAACAAACCGGUGUCCCCAAAUGGUCGUCCAAAGUGAAAAUAGAAAGAAGAACCUUCCUUCUCUUCUUCCUCUUUCCCGAUGCCAUCUUUCUCCCUCUCUAAAGUUGCCACUACUAGGGUUCCUUCUUCCUCUACUCCCGGGAAUGAUCAAUUCUUCGCUUUUCUACUGAAAAGGAAAUGCUCCUUCUGGAGCUGGGUUCUUCUGGGUUACAGAUAAAUUUCCUGUCUUUGAGCUUAGUUGCUUGACGUGAUGAAAUAAAUAUGUCUAGUCAAGUGAAACACAUUCAGAGCAACAAUUGUGCUAUGGAGGAUUCUACUAUGACUAUAGACUUCCUCCGGGCACGCUUGCUGUCUGAAAGAUCCGUGUCCAAGACUGCAAGAGAGAGAGCUGAUGAACUAGCAAAAAGGGUUGCAGAACUGGAAGAACAGUUGAGAAUUGUCUCAGUUCAAAGAAUGAAGGCUGAAAAGGCAACGGCUAAUGUUCUUGCAAUUCUGGUGAGCAAUGGAUUGAGUGAUGCUUCUGAGGGGUUUGAUUCAAGCUCUAACCAGGACGAUGAAAGUGAAUUUGGCUUGGUUAAUGGGUGUUCUAAGGAAGGGCAAAGUUCUGUCAAUUCAAAAGCUAAAAAGAGUGAGUCCGAUGAGCGGUCAGGUUCUGACAAGUUCAUCCCUUCUCCUGCCAGAAGCUUGUCAUGGAAGAGUAGCAAGGAUGGCACAGGAUCGAUGAAAGGGUGCAAGGACCCAGCUCUGAGAAGCUGUAACACCUUUACUUCUGCUUGUUCUUCUCCAAAACGUCAUCCAGGAAAAUCCUGCCGCCAAAUACGACGUAAAGACACUAGAGCUGGUGACAUGAAAAAUGGCAUUGAACAGCAAUUACAACUCAUACAAAGAUGUGAAGAUAUGGAAAUGGCUCAACGAGAAUGGGAAGAGAAGUUCAGAGAAAAUUCCAGCACAGCGGAUUCUUGUGACCCUGGGAGCCGCUCAGAUGUUACUGAGGAAGCUCCGUAUGAGAUUAACGAACAUCCACCACGUUCUGCUGGGACUAAAGUUUCAACCAACCGCGUGGAAAAAUCAAAAGUUGAAGAUUUUCCGAAAUUCCAGCCUAAUGGCAAUCUUCAGCAGACUGUAAACAGGGAGCACUUGAAGGUGCAAGAAAGUAGCAUUGCACCUAUUUCAGGAUCCCGUUGUCCUGAUUUUGCCUGCUCUUUGGUAGAAAGUAAGCAUAAUGAAGCUCAGCUUGCAAACAUCCAGGGUUCACCCUCUAGUAGCUCCCAUGAACAUCAACGGACACGCGGUAUAAAUGAUGCCCCUGGAAGCCAAUUGACUCGUGACUUCCAAUCCAACGGAGCCACUGAUAUCAACAAAGAGAAAGCUUCUGAAAGCAAAAGUGAAGUCCACGCACUGGUUCCACACAAAGCACCAAAGGAGUUGGGGAUUCUCGAUGCUCUUAAGAAAGCGAAGCAAUCACUACAACAGCAAAUCAACAAGAUUCCACCGGCUGUAGUUAGCAGUCCAGUUGGAACUUCGUAUGAUCUUUCUUCUCUUCUGACAACAGUACCUGGGGACAAUAUACGCGAAAUACCUGUAAGAUGUCCUGGACUUUUCAGACUACCUACUGAUUUACUGGCACGGGGCAGAAGUGCAGGAAACGACUUCCAUUCUCUUGAUAAAAUAUCGAGUCUAGAUGCCGAGCUCUUGGGUCCCAGUAGGGCAGACAUCCUCAGUGCUCGUGCCAGAUCAAGUUUGAAGAACUAUCAUUCUGGAAAAGAUUCAACAAAUCCAGAAGCAGCAGUGAUUGAUCAACUUGUUGCUAUGCCGCAGUACUCAGACCCCAAGAUGAAGUUUCCUACAGACAACCAUUUGCCUACCAGCACACAAUAUCUUGAUGGUGCUUCUAUGCAGAGGCAACGGAUUGAUGAGGCAGGCUUUCCUCCAAGUAGAAGUGUGUACCCUGCAUUCCCAGUUAGUCCUGUAUAUGGUGAUCUGAUGUUCAGGGUGCCUCCUUCAGAAGGCUUCUCGACAUUUCCUGGAGGUAGAACUGCCGACGGGAUUCUCACAUCCCCAGCUGUCAGUCCUGGGUAUGGCGAUUUGAUGUUGCGCAUGUCUCCUUCUGAAGGCUUCUCAACGAUUCCUCCAGGUAGAAGAUCGACGGAUGGGAUUCCUCCUCCCGGUCUCGUUUUCCAGUCCCUACACUCCAGAUAUGUAUAGAUGAUGGAAUUCUUUGUGUUUACCAUUUUUUAGUUUAGCAUUGUUGUGAGCUAUGCAUGACUGGUGAACAAGAACUUGUUUGUAUUCUUGUAGAUGUUAUACGGCUGUAGUUAGAAGUACUGGUUUAGUGAGCUCUGGCUCCAACUGUUGUACCUUAAAACUGAGUGUAGAAGGGCAAUAUGUAUUCAGUUUGUGUAUAAUUGUAAAUUGAUUUCUUGCUCAAGUGAAUGCAUUUGAAGAUUUCAAAGUAUGCUUUGUUGUGAUUGUAGUUGUUUUGGUGAAAAGGGUAAAGUCACUUUGCGGUUUGCCUGAAUUGUAAUUUUCUUUCUAGAUAAUGAAAGUUGUGUAAUAGAAAAUGAGAUAGUUUCAAGAUUGUUAAAUCGGUUUAUACCGUUACGUCGGUAUAGUAAGCGGUAUCGAUUCGAUUGGAG